CGAUCCUUCAAAGCACAGUCCGCCGGAUGCUAUUGAAAACUGUGGCCUUUUAUGCGCUCAUCAAAUGUUCUUAUAUCCGAGUGAGACCACUGAGAUUGUUGGCAGUGAUAGCAAAUUUGUGAUCGUAUCGAAAGAGGAAUGGGAUGCACUCAUCGCUCACUAUUCUAAUGACUUUCAAAUUGAAUUUGUGGUC